UGCUGCGCAGGCGGGGCGCGGGUGUUUAGUGGGCGACUCACUUGGGUGGGCGACUCGCUUGUGAACCACGCUAUAACUAAAGCAGCUAAGGCAGCAAUUCCGCAAUGUUCUACCACUGCAAAAAGCAAGCCCUGGUGGAAUCAAGACCUAAAAGCACUUAGGACAAGCAUGCUCAGCAAACAACGCCAACUACAGAGAGAACUUGCUUUUAGCCUAACAAGUGCCUACACCUGGAAAAGAGACUAUCUAAUAGCUAGAAAUAGCUAUCUACAAGCUGUCAAAAUAGCUAAACGCGACCAUUGGAACCAAUUCCUAGAGAGAGAGGACCCUAAAUUAAUCUUC